CGGCGUUUGCCGUUGGGGUCUAACUCUGAGCGGUGUCGCCGCGCGUACGCAGUUUCAUUGCGGUGCUGACUGGUGUGGUGUGCUAAUGUGGUUAGCGUGCCGACGUACAUACAUUAUUUAAUGGCACACGCGCGCUGAACUCAACGUGAUACUAUACAGCGCUGCAGAAAACUUCAAAAUAAAUAGCGAAAUAUAAAUUAAAAAUCGCAAAAACAUGGCUGUGGAUUAUGUACUCGAAGAUUUGAUGGCCAAACUUGGCGAGUUUGGACGUUACCAGGCUAUACAAUUCUUUCUGCACGUACUCUCUGGCCUAACGGCCGGUUUACAUAUGCUCUCGCUAGUCACAGUUGCUGCCGUGCCAGAGCACCGUUGCUUCAUUGAGGGCAUAGACAAUAGCAGCUACUCGUACACACCAUGGAACUCCUCCGAAAUACUCGCCGCCAUACCGUUGAAACCGAGCGGUGAACUCGAUAACUGUCACAUGUACGAUGCAGCGAAUAACACGGUGCCUUGCGUAUCCUAUGUCUACGAUCGUACCUACUAUAAGGACUCACGUGCUAUCGAUUGGAACUUCGUUUGCGAUCGCCGAUGGCUUGGUUCGAUUAUGCAGACCGUUUACAUGUUGGGCGUAUUUACCGGCGCUGUGACUUUGGGCGGCCUAGCCGAUAAGAUUGGACGCAAAACAGUGUUCUGCUGGUCGGCGCUGUUGCAGUUAGUUAUUGGUGUUGCUGUGGCUUUCAUACCCGAAUACUUCUCCUUUAUGGUAACGCGCUUCUUUCUGGGCAUUUUCGGUUCGGCAGGCGCCUACAUUUGUGGUUUCGUACUGACUAUGGAGCUGGUGGGCGCAAGCAAACGUACCGUUUGCGGUAUUGCAUUUCAGGCUAUCUUCGCUACUGGCAUUAUGCUAGUAGCCGGUUGGGGCGCACUCAUCAAGGAACGUCAGCUGCUUCAAAUCGUGUAUGGCCUGCACGGUCUGCUGCUCGUCGGUCAUUGGUGGUGGAUGGACGAAUCGCCACGCUGGCUAUGGAUGCAAGGGCGUGCCGAAGAAGCAGUUGAUAUUGUGAUCAGAGGUCUGCGCAUUAAUGGCUCCGGCAUACCGGUCGAUAAGAAUUAUUACAUCCAAAAGUCCAAUCAGCAGUCCGCCAUGGAGGAAAAGACGUCGGCCGGUUUGAGUGACCUCUUCCGUACGCCAAACUUGCGCAUUAAGACCAUAAACGUUUGUCUCUGUUGGUUCGCCAACUCAUUGGUCUAUUAUGGCCUAUCGCUAAGCGCCGGCAAGUUGUACGGCGACCCCUAUCUAAUACUCUUCAUUAUGGGUCUCGUGGAAUUGCCCAGUUACUUUACGAUUAUGGUUGUAUUGGAUCGACUGGGACGACGCCCCAUAACCAGCUUGCUCAUGCUUGCCGGCGGCACUUGCUGUAUUGUGGCCACGUUUGUUACCCAAGGUAGCACCACUUCAACAGCCAUUGUGAUGAUGGGCAAACUCUUCAUUGCCGGCUCUUUUGCUGUGAUCUACAACUACUCCGCCGAGCUGUUCCCAACAGUCGUGCGCAACUCGGCAAUGGGUCUGGGUUCCAUGUGCGCGCGUUUCUCAGGCGCACUUACGCCACUCAUUACGUUGCUCGACUCAUUUGAUCCGAAAAUACCUGCUGUGCUAUUUGGAAUUAUUGCGCUACUAUCUGGGUUCUGGGUUAUGUUCCUACCGGAGACAAUGAACCAACCGAUGCCCGAAUCGCUGGAAGAUGGCGAAAACUAUGGCAAGGGCGAUACGUGGUUUGCGCAGUGCGCGGGACGCAAACCCAGAAAAGACAGUAUUUAUCCAGAUGAUCCCGAACAGAUGGUGCCACUGAGAACGAUCGACAGGAAGUGAUUUGGAAGUGAGGGGUAGAGGGGAGGGGAGGGGAGGGCGACUGCACUUGCUAUGCCAAAUUAAAUCUGCCGAUACUCUGUAUAUUGUUCGUUAAUUUUUCGUUAAUUUUUCUUUUGUUACAUGUUUCGUUAAGUAGUAGAAUGUUUUCAAACUGUUUCCUCACCUUAGCAUUGCAUGCCAUUUUGCAUAUACAUAAUUGCCUUUAUUGUUAACUUCAAUCGAAAGAUAUACUUUUAUAUAUAUGUAUAUGUAUAUACAAAUACAUAUUUACCUUUAACAAAUAUUUAAUGAACGAUGCUUUCGAAGAGUUGCAACACAAAGUGUACAUUCCUUGUUAAACAUGAAUAAAAAUAAAAUAUUUAAAAUAUACAUAAAAAUAUUUUGAUUAAAAUUUUAAAUAAAAU